AUGGUUUGUAAAGAAGUUGCUCUGUUUCCAAACAACGGCUUGGGCAGACGGAUUCUUGCGGUGGUUGGAGUGGUUGUCGUCAUCAUAGUAAUAUGCAUACUGGCCGUUUGUUUAAGACAGGAUUCAGGUCCAAAGAGAAAAUUUACAAUGGCUGACUACUAUAAUGAUACCAUCAGAUACAAAACAUACAAUUUGCGAUGGAUCUCAGACAAUGAAUACCUACAUGAAACAAAAGAAGGCAAUGUUUUCCUUCAUAAUGUGGAAACCAAGGAGAUCUCUGAAUUCCUGAGCAACACAACAACAGCCCAAGUGGAAGCCACGCAUUAUCUGGUGUCUUCUGAUCGAAAAUUUAUUUGUUUGGAAAGCAACUACACAAAGAAAUGGCGGAGGUCCUUCACUGCUUCGUAUACCAUCUAUGAUUUGCAAUCCAAGAGCUUUGUCACACCCUCACACUUUCCACAAGUGAUACAGUACUUGUCAUGGGCACCAUUAGGAAAUACACUGGUAUAUGUUUGGGAGUAUAACAUCUAUCUGAAAACCAGUGCCACGGCUGAUCCCAUUCAGCUUACACACAACGGAGAAGCCAACAAGAUUCUCAAUGGGAUCCCUGAUUGGGUGUAUGAGGAGGAAGUCUUAGCAUCAAACAAGGCUAUAUGGUGGUCCCCCAGGGGCACACGCCUGGCCUAUGCAGAGUUAAAUGACACAGAAGUCCAGACCAUAGAGUAUUCGGUGUAUGGAAAUGGACAGUACCCCAAAACUGUUCAUCUGCCCUACCCUAAGGCUGGAUCCACAGUUCCCAAAGUGAAGCUAUUUGUCAUUGAAAUUUCGAAUCCAUCGAGUCGCUCAGAGGUUGUUGUGCCAGCAUCUUUUGGAGGAAGUGAUCAUUACAUGAGCUCAGUGACAUGGGUGACAGAGCAGCGUAUUGCGGUCCAAUGGCUGACACGCAGACAAGACCACGUCCUCUUACAGAUCUACGACUUCAAUGGGAACAGCUGGACUGAGGCUAUGAAAUUUGAGCAAAAGAGCAAGACUGGUUGGGUGGGACAGUAUGCCCCUCUCCCUCCAUUCUUCGCUGAAGACAAAAUCAGUUUUUACAAAGUGAUGAGUGACGCUCGUGGCUACAAACACAUCCAUUAUGUGAAUGGAGGCAAAGCUGUGCCUAUAACCUCAGGAAACUGGGAAGUCAUAUACAUUUCACAGGUCACCAAAGAUGCCAUAUACUAUGUCAGUAAUGAAUACCUGGGAAGACCUGGGCAGAGAAAUCUUUACAAGAUAUCAAUUGGCAGUGACUCCUACUCUCCGCAGUGUUUGACUUGCUCACUGCACCCAGACAGGUGUCAGUACAACUCAGCUUAUUUCAGCUACGAUGCCUCGUAUUACCGAUUCGACUGCUAUGGGCCUGGAUUACCUUUGUUUAUACUUAUGGAUAACAGGGGGACUGGAAAAGAAAUUCAGGUUCUUGAGGACAACAAAAUACUGGAGAGCAUUCUGACAGAAUUUCAAAUGCCAACCAUACGUCAUGGUACCAUAAAGCUAGCAGGAUUUGAUUUGUGGUACCAGAUGAUGUUGCCUCCUAACUUUGACGCAUCCAAAAAAUAUCCUCUUCUUAUUUAUGUAUAUGGGGGGCCGUGCAGUCAGACAGUGGAUUAUUCGUUCAGACUUGACUGGUCGUUAUACCUGGCCAGCUCUGAGAACAUCAUCGUUGCCAGUUUCGAUGGAAGGGGUAGUGGUUACCAAGGUGACAGCAUAAUGCACUCCAUCUACGAGCGGCUGGGGACGUAUGAAGUGGAAGAUCAGAUCUGGGCAGUGAGGAAAUUCAUUGAAAUGGGCUUCAUAGACACUGAGAGAAUUGCUAUUUGGGGUUGGUCUUAUGGAGGCUAUGUGACGUCCAUGGCACUGGGCGCAGGAACCGGACUGUUUAAGUGUGGAAUCGCUGUGGCUCCAGUAGCUAAAUGGGAGUAUUAUGAUGCAGUUUAUACUGAGAGAUACAUGCAUCGACCUGAGGAGAAUGUUGAUGGAUACAAAAAUUCCACAGUGACAGGAAGAGCAAAGAAUUUCAAGUCAGUGGAGUAUCUUCUGGUCCAUGGGACAGCAGAUGACAACGUCCAUUUCCAACAAGCUGCUCAAAUCUCAAAGGCCCUGGUAGAGGAACGAAUUGAUUUUGAGGCAAUGUGGUACACAGAUAAGGACCAUAGUCUGUCAGGCAAUGCCCGCUACCACCUUUACACCCACUUGACUCAUUUCAUUCAGAAGUGCUUUGCCCAACCCAAAUAA